GGGUCGAUUCUGUACUAGGCGCAAUCGAAUAGCGUCCGACGCAAAGUCGACAUAGCGUCGGAAGCGUUAUAUAUUGCGUACGACGCGAUUCUGUACCAUCUCAAAUUGGCGCAGUAACUGCGUCAGUGACGAUAUUUAGCGUCAGAAUAUUGUGCAGGCUGUCGAUCCCGUGCAAUCGGGAUUGCGUCUUUCAUUGCGUUGUAAGGUGAGAUGGCUAUGGUAAUGUUACUCGUCGAUAUAGCAGAUUUUGAAGAAGAGGACGAAGAAAUAUUACAGUUACGAAUCACCCGCAAGAGGUUGCGCGAUGAGCUGAAUGUAUUCAAUUUACCAGAUAUUCAGUUCAAAAAUUUGUUCAGAGUUUCAAAAGAUUUAGUGAGGGACCUCGUGACAGAACUGAGACCACAUCUGCAACGUGAACGCCCAAAUGGUCUUUCAGUGGAAACUCAAGUUCUUUGCGCCAUUCGGUUUUAUGCAGUUGGUUCUUAUCAAAGAGCAAUAGGACAGGAUUUUGCAUUGGCUUUGAGUCAGACUGCAGUCAGCCGGUGUAUCAGAUCAGUGUCCGUUGCUAUCAAUGACCAUAUGCUUCGCCGAUGGAUUAAAUUCCCUGCCACUCCGGAGCAAAGAGAGGCAGCUAAAAUAAAAUUUGCUAAUGCUCCACAACCAUUUCCUGGAGCAAUUGGCGCAAUAGACUGCACUCAUGUCGGAAUCGUUGCUCCUAAAGAGAAUGAGGAAGCUUUUGUGAAUCACCAUGGUUAUCAUUCUAUGAAUGUUCAAAUGAUUUGUGAUCCAGAACUCCGUAUUUUAAAUGUGAGCGCCAGAUUCCCAGGAUCUCGUCAUGAUGCUGCAAUUUGGAUGCAGUCACCUGUGCGCAAUCUUAUGGAGCUGUGUCACAGGCAAGGCGAGAGGCAAACAUGGUUGUUGGGUGAUUCAGGCUAUCCUUUGGAACCAUGGCUCUUGACACCAAUACCGAAUGCUCCAAAUGGAUCACCUGAGUAUGUAUAUACCGCUGCACAUUGUAGUGCCCGCUCAGUUAUAGAGCGAUGUUUUGGUGCACUCAAAUCGGUAUGGAGAUGCUUGUCACAUCAACGUUUAUUAAUGUACGAGCCUGAUAUGGCGGGAAGAAUAAUCAAUGCUUGUGCCAUGUUGCAUAAUAUGCGUUUGCAUUAUCGAAUACCAUUUGAAGAGAUCGCCGAGGAAGAUGUCGCACAGGCUAAUGCUAUGCCAGCACCCGGACCUUAUAUUGCUGAACCUCUUGAAGGAAGAGCACGCCUUGCUGAGGGACGCCGUGUACAACAGCAACUUAUCCGAGACAACUUUAUGCACUUGUAGUUGGCGGUGUAUAUGUGACUUCGUGAAAAAUCCGGAAAAUCAUAUGAAAUACAGUAGCGCCCAAAAGUAUUUUGACAAACACAGUAAUUGAGUUAAUCACAUGCAAGAAUAAACUACAAAAAUCAAUAAUAUUAUUUGUUGAAACAAAUUCGAUGUUCUAUAUAGUUGUUACAAAUGAUCUCUCGAUUACUCGAAAAUAAAGUUGAAAUAAAGAAAAGUAAGAGAAACGAUCGAUCAAAGUGAUAACGAAUUUUAUAUUCUCAAAAUACUUUUGAGCAUUACUGUAUGUUUGUGGUGAGACUUGAUAGAUAUAUAUCUUAUACCAUAUCUCUAGCGUUGAGAUGUCCUGUACGUGACGAAAAUUGUAUAUAAUUUGAAUUUUUUUGAAUGAGAAAGAGCGUGUGAGUUUAAAUUUGUAUUGCUUCCUUAAAGUCUACCGUCUUUCAUCGAUUUUUCGCUAUGAAAAGUAACUUUUGUGAUUUACUCUGCUGCUGACUAUGUUUUAAGGUUUCCAUGGGAAUCCUACGGAAUUUAAGAAAAAACGAACAAAAAAAUGUGCAUAACCUGCCAAAAAAGAUGGGCGUUCAAAAAAAUUAAAAACUUUAUUUAACCUGAA